CUGGAUUGGCACGGGGGUUGCUGAUAGGCAGCCUGUUGCCUGCGCAUUUCGCCAGGCUGCUGUGGCGAGCUGGGGGCCGCGUACAGGUGCAGCCCGGCGGGGCGGCAAGUUCCCUUCGGAAGAGGCAGCUCGCUGGCAGCGCCCGGCCGGAGCCAGGUGGCUGGAGAGCGCGCGGGAGGCAGCCGGGGAGGCGCUGGCUGGAGCGGGAAGGGCCGAGGGAGGCUGCUGCGCUCUCAGGGAGAGCCGAGGUCCCCGCACGCUCGCCCAGCGCCGCUCUCCGGCUCUGCCCUUUGGUGGCACAGCGCGGGGGGGACCCAAACCCCGCAGCCGUGGCGGAACUGCGAAGGAGACGGAGCUGGGCAGCGCCGCUGUGGGCGCAUUUUUCCACGCGGAUCCCACAGUAGCUCCCCUGUCAACCCCUCUCCGCAAAUCCCUGAGGCGGGUGCAGCCCGGGAGCCCCCACCACGCACUAGGCGCUGCGCCGGUGAGCAGCAGAGGCGAGAUGCCACCCACCCGCCAGGCACCAGAAAGUUUCGCAGCUCCGUGAGCGCGGCGGCAAACUCCCCUCCACCCCCUUCUUCUGCUGGGCGCUUGGGGCUCCCUCGGUGCGUCUCUGGGGGCGAGGUGCGGGCCCCGGGUGCAGGACAAGGGCGCUGUUUGUUCUCCUCCGCCCGUCCCAGCUGUUGCUGGGGGGCAGCCGCAGCAGCCAUGGAGCCCGAGGCGAUUGCGAUCCUCUUCCUGAACCAGAGCGGAGGGCCCCCCUGGGGGGACUUCAACCUCUCGGGGCUCUCGGAGGAGGAGCAGGACCCCAAGCCCCUCUUCGGCAUCGGCAUCGAGAACUUCCUCACCCUGAUCGUCUUCGGCGUGAUCUUCGCCUUAGGGGUGCUGGGCAACUCGCUGGUGAUCACGGUGCUGGCCCGGAGCAAGCCGGGCAAGCCCCGCAGCACCACCAACAUCUUCAUCCUCAACCUCAGCAUCGCCGACCUGGCCUACCUGCUCUUCUGCAUCCCCUUCCAGUCCACGGUCUACGUGCUGCCCACCUGGGUGCUGGGCGCCGUCAUCUGCAAGUUCAUCCACUACUUCUUCACCGUCUCCAUGCUGGUCAGCAUCUUCACCCUCUCCGCCAUGUCGGUGGACCGCUACGUGGCCAUCGUGCACUCCCGCCGCGCCUCGGUCCUGCGGGUCUCCCGCAACGCGCUGCUGGGCGUGGGGCUCAUCUGGGCGCUCUCCAUCGCCAUGGCCUCGCCCGUCGCGCACCACCAGCGCCUCUUCCACCGGGACGCCGGCAACCAGACCUUCUGCUGGGAGCAGUGGCCCAACCCCCAGCACAAGAAGGUCUACGUGGUCUGCACCUUCGUCUUCGGCUACCUGCUGCCGCUGCUGCUCAUCUCCUUCUGCUACGCCAAGGUCCUAAAUCAUCUGCAUAAAAAGCUGAGAAACAUGUCAAAGAAGUCAGAAGCAUCCAAGAAGAAGACAGCCCAGACUGUGCUGGUGGUGGUGGUGGUUUUUGGAAUAUCUUGGCUGCCACAUCAUGUGAUCCACCUCUGGGCUGAAUUUGGAGUUUUCCCACUGACUCAAGCUUCAUUUCUCUUCAGAGUAACAGCGCACUGCCUGGCUUACAGCAAUUCUUCUGUAAAUCCUAUUAUAUACGCAUUCCUCUCUGAAAAUUUUAGGAAGGCCUACAAACAAGUCUUCAAAUGCCAGAUAGGUAACGAAUCACCUCUGAAUGAUGUUAAAGAAAGUAAAAGUCGGAUAGAUACAGCACCGUCUACCAAUUGUACUCAUGUGUGAGCAACAAUAAAAAAAAAAAUCCUGUCAUGUUGGUUUUCAUAUGUGUGGACUAGACGUCUAGAAAAAGCACAGUGAGCUUCUAAAAAGAGCUGCAGCUUCAGCUUCAGCUCGAUAAUUGGUAGAAUUAAAAAUUUCAGUUUCCUUACAAUUACGAGAUAACUGUGGCCAUUCUUAAUAUUAGACAUCUUUGUCUAGCAUGGUUCAAAUGAAGAUCUGUCCUUUGAAAGAUGUUCCAGAAAAAGUGGGUAAUGGUAUGUCAGUACUAGCUCUCAUUAUUUUAGUAGGAAAGCUAAUAACUUGCUAUUUAUAAAUAUUGACAUACAGCAUAUUUGAAUUGUGCCUAUAACACAAAUAUGUUAACGUAGAAUGCAAUUGUACAAUUCCUAAUCCAGUUCUAUAAAGUCAAACUUUAUUCUAUAAAUUGUGUGUGUGUGUGUGGGAGAAAUUAUCUCUCACCUCAAAGAAAGGUAAUUAAUGGUGCAGUACUAUGAUUUCAAGAGAAAUGGUUAGAUUUCAAAGAUAAUUAAAACUUCAGUCAUCUCUUCAGGUUGGUUCUGACAAUGGUUUUGUUUGUUUUUUAAGCAAAUAUUGAGCAGAAAUAAUUUUCAUAUGCUGAAGUAAUUACUUAGAGAAGAAAUGCUAAACUAACUAUAUAACUGUAUAAUUUACACCAUGUUAUUGAGGUACUGAGGUUGUACUUUGUGUGCCUAGCCUGGCUGCAUAUACAAAACAAUGGUUACACCUUUAUAAAAUUUUGCUUAAGGCACUCACAUAACUGUGGCAUAACAUAGGUUGAUGUAGUCAAAGUGGGAAGGGUUUAUUUCAUGUCUGUGUGUGUGUGUGUGUGUAUAUAUAUAUUAAGUGAAAUUCCAAGCUAGAGAGAAAUUUACUAUGGCUUAAUUCACACAAAAAUGUCCGCAUUUACACACCAAUUCAUGCACUUAGACACAGUAGAGAAAACAUCUUUCCAGAAAAUAGUACUGCGUAUAUAGAACUAUUGUUUAUUUAUUCACUUUUUCCUCCUGUAUGUGAAUGGCUUACUCUCUUACAUAUCUCUGAGUACACAUGAAAUGGCAUAGAGCUAUUUUCCCACAUGCAAAGUACAUUAUCAGAGUCAAAUUAAUUAAUAGGUAGCAGGUUUAAAAAGGACUAGGUAAAUUCAUAGAGGAUAGGUCCAUCCAUGGCUAUUAGCCAGGAUAGGCAGGGAUGGUGUCCCUAGCCUCUGUUUGCCAGAAGCUGGGAAUGGG